AUGGACCUUCGAGUGUAUGUUGAUGGUGUUGCGCGUAUCAUCUGUGAUUUGACUCCAACAACUACGGUUCAUGAUAUUAUUAUUGCAUUAGCUCAAUAUAAGGGAAAAGCUGGACGAUACUCUUUAAUCGAACGUGCACCUGAUGGAGCACAGCGAACAUUAUCACCACAUGAAUUAACUCACGAACUCAUUCAUCAUCCCGAUUGGACUUAUAUUCUCCGACAAAAUCCAGACUUGUCACAAAAACAAAAGCGUUCGAAAAGCUUAGAUGGACGAAAAACACCCAUCCAACAACAGUCAACUGUAGAAAUACCUUCAGCUGUUACCUCGUCGUCAUCAUCAUCUUCGACAUCUGGUCAUUUUCGAACAGUAUAUAAUAACAAUAAUGGUUCGGCUACAUUAUCAUCAUCGUCAUCAUCAAUAAAAUCUUCGGAAAAAAAGAAACGCUCACAUUUACGUCAUAUCUUUCCAUCAGAGAAUAUCAAUAACAACAAUAAUAAUCAUUUAAACAGUAGUGAUAGUUCGCCGCCAGUGUCAUUUUUCAUCGAAAAGAAACGUUCGUCACGUACACCAGUUCAAAUAAUUGAACAAGACUUAGGUACGUUAGAUAAUCAGCAUGCAACUCGCCGUUCACGACCUAAAUCUGCCUUAUCAUCAUCAUCUGGAAAUGAAUCGAGCGCAUUCCGUAUUGUUCAUCAUAAUCCGAAUAACAAUGCUGCACAUUUACAACAACAGCAACAACAGUAUAUUGCUCUAUUGAAAAUGCUCAAAUCGCAAGAAAUUCAAGUGGAGCAACAACAGAAAGAACUAAAUGAAAAACAAAAAGAAAUCGCCCAUCGAGAACAAGACAUCCAUCUGAUCGAUCAUGACAGUCAGUUAACUACAGACUGUCCAGUCUAUUCGGAAGAAUAUUCGAAGAAUGAAUUAGACAAAGAAUUCGACUAUGAAAGAAAGCUACAUUCUAAUUACGAACAUCUGCAAGAUCAAAUAACACGCUGUUCAACAACAAUCGAACAAAAACGACAAUUACAAGAACAAAUUCAAUCAAAUAUCGAACAAAUACAUAAUGAUGUAGAACAAAUACAAAAGACGAUUCUCCACGAGAAAAAGGAUCUUAAUCAAUAUCAACACGAUCUUGAGCGAUGCACUACUUCGUUAACUCAACAAGAAGAUUUAGUACAUGUAUUAACCCAACAUAAUGACGAAAUCGAACGAAUUAUACAAGAACGUCGACAGCAAAUCAAUAACCUCGAAAAUGAACUAAUUAAAUUAGAUGAUAUGCUCAUCAACAGUUUUCUUCAUCCUUCAUACAAUUUGCAUUCGAAUCUCUCCGCUCCACAACAGUACAAUUCACUUCCAUCAACAACUUCACCAUUAUCGUUAUCAACAGGUACAACAACAGACGUUCUCAUGCCUGUUCGUUUGCAAUUUGUGAAUAGUACGCUUUGGAAAUUGUGUCCAAGUGGAAUCUGGGUGUAG